AUGAGUCUGACUUCUGCGGUUUCCUGGAGUCUGCUCUCGGGCUAUAAAACCUUGCUGGGAGCAGGAUGAGACCCCAGAUGCUGCCCCACCUCGGAGGGAUCCACUGAAGGCUGUGAUGGAGCACCUGCAGACUCUCCUGCUGCCCCUCCUGCUGCUCCUGUGCCCCCCAGUCAGCACCAAUGAUCCCUGGAAGUGGAAGGGGAGAGGAGGAGAAGCCAAGGCCCCACCCAGGGCACACCCCACGCCCUACCUGGCCUUUUUGCAGGGGAAGGACAAUCACUCCUGUGGGGGAUUCCUGGUGGCCCCAGGCUGGGUGAUGACGGCUGCCCAGUGCUACGUCCACAGACCUCUGACUGUCAUCCUGGGAGCCCACACACUGCAGAGGAGAGAGGAGAAAAGCAGGCAAACAUUCCAGGUCAAGGACUACCACUGCCACCCAGAGUUCACGAGCCCUAAGAAGGGAAAAGACAUCCUUCUGCUGGAGCUGAAUGGCAAUGCCACCAGCAAUGGGCACGUCAGGCCCAUUUCCUUCGAGAAAUCCAAAAUUCGUGGUGGCACCGAGUGCAGCGUGGCCGGCUGGGGCUCCAGGACAGCCACAGUCACCAUCAUCAAACAAAGGGACUGCCUCAGCCACUACCCAGGGCUCGCUGACAGCCUGAUCUGUGGCCGCAGCAGUUCCUCUGGGAUACCUGAAAAGGGUGAUGCUGGGGAUCCCCUGGUCUGCAACAACAAAGCCUACGGCAUCUUCUCCUACAGGCACAACAACUGGCCUGGCUUCUACACACACAUUGCUCCUUACCUCCCCUGGGUCCACAGUGUCAUGAGGGCAGCGUGACCCUGCUCCCCCUGCAGAGCUCGCCCUCCACAGCCCCAUCCUCACCAGCUUUCUUUUCCUUUCUCGCUGGGGAACAUCUCCCAUGCUCUUUGUGGAUGUGGCAGGGAUUUCUCUGUGGCCAAGACGGGCUCUGUCCGUGAUGGGGCUGGCACAAAGGCCGUGCCUCGGCUGUGUUUGUCCCGUGUGUGCCCUGGGGAGUGUCUGCACCCCUUCACUUCACUGAUUGAGCCUUUUGUGGCUCCAGCUCUGGGGGGAGGCAGCAGGACAGCCCCAGAGAGGUGCCAUGGCUGAGGGAUGUCUGCAGCCCUCAGGGGGAGGCUGCACAAGGAGAUCAGAGGGAUCCCAAGAGCAGCCUCCUCCCUGCCUGUCCUUUGUGUCACCUCAUGUCUGGGUGUCCUCUGCCCGAGCCCUUGGUUGCCCAAGCUCCCAGGAGGACACUUCAGUUCCUGCUUCACUACUGCUGUCCCCUACUCUGAACCCUGCUGCCUCUCCUUUUCUCCUCUCUUCUGUAGCUCCAGUGUUGUAAGAACACAU